UAUUCGACACCGACAAUGCAACUUACAGUUAUAGAAACUCAAACCUAAUGGCGUGUCGUGUCAAUACAAUAUAACACUUCUUUCUUCCCCUUUUCUUCUUAUUUUGACCGAAAGAAGUAUUAAUAAUAUACCAAGAUGGGGGCGAUGUUCAGGAGCGAGGAAAUGGCUCUGUGCCAGCUCUUCAUCCAGCCCGAGGCGGCGUAUACUUCGGUCUCCGAGUUGGGAGAGACCGGCUCUGUGCAAUUUAGAGACUUGAACGAGGACGUGAACGUAUUCCAACGCAAGUUUGUGAAUGAGGUGCGACGAUGUGACGAGAUGGAGCGCAAGCUGCGCUACAUUGAGAGCGAAGUCCACAAGGACGGCGUCCGUAUCCCCGCCAUAAAGGAACCGCCUCGCGCUCCCAAUCCGAGGGAAAUUGUUGAUCUUGAGGCCCACUUGGAAAAGACAGAGAACGAGAUCUCAGAGUUGUCGCAAAAUGCAGUGAACCUCAAACAGUACUAUCUUGAGCUGACGGAGCUGAAACACGUGCUCGAGGAGACGGAAGCUUUCUUUGCCGCGCAGGAAGAGGUCGACAUGGAUUCUUUAAAAAAGUCACAAAUACCUGACGAAACAACCCGGGCACAGCAAGUCACCCCAGACAGCCGCCUCGGUUUUGUAGCGGGCGUGAUAGCGCGCGAACGCAUGCCCUCCUUCGAGCGCAUGCUCUGGCGCAUCACACGCGGCAACAUCUUCUUGCGACACACUGAGCUUGAUAAACCUUUAGAGGAUCCUAAAACUGGCGACCAGAUAUACAAAUCAGUCUUCGUAGCGUUCCUUCAAGGUGAACAAAUUAAGCUUCGCAUCAAGAAAGUGUGCACUGGCUUCCACGCAUCACUGUACCCCUGCCCGCCAUCCAGCAAAGAGCGACAGGACAUGGUGAAGGGCGUCCACACCCGCCUAGCAGAUCUUAUCUUGGAACCAAAGUCUAAAGUGUCAAACCACCAGCCUGGAAAACAGUGUCAGGUACUACGUCAAUGUUUCUUUAAGAAACGCUAUUCAAUCUUACUGGAGUUUUUGCCGCAAAUUCUGUUCCUUUGCGCGCUGUUCUUGUACAUGGUCUUCAUGAUGUUCUACAAAUGGCUCGCCUACAGUUGCACUCAUGACGUGCCCCUGGAAAACUCGCAAAGUUGUGCCCCGUCAAUUCUAAUCUUGUUCAUCAACAUGAUGCUGUUCUCAAAAACGAAAUCUCACGAAGGCUGCAAAGAGUUCAUGUUCGAGGGUCAAGGUUCAAUGCAACUUGUUUUCGUGCUCGUAGCCUUUUGUUGCAUCCCUGUCAUGUUACUUGGCAAGCCCCUGUAUAUUUUGUCUCAGAACAAGAAGAAAAAAUCUAAGCUAGAACAAGUAUCAGGCAGCUUCGUGAACCGUGAUAUAGAAAUGCUGGCUCAAACAGACGGCAGUGAGAAUGCGACACAGGCACCCGCCAAUACGGAGCCUUUUAGUGACGUCAUGAUUAUCCAGGCCAUUCACACUAUUGAAUACGUGCUCAGUACCAUCUCGCAUACUGCUUCAUAUCUUCGAUUAUGGGCGUUGUCGCUUGCCCACGCAGAAUUGUCUGAGGUACUGUGGAACAUGGUGCUGACGUUAGGUUUAAAGGACCACGGGUACAUUGGCGCCAUCAAACUGUAUGUGGCGUUCGCAUUCUGGGCUUUCUUCACGCUCGCUAUCCUCGUCAUGAUGGAAGGCUUGUCAGCCUUCUUGCAUACCCUGCGUUUACACUGGGUGGAAUUCAUGAGCAAAUUUUACAUGGGCCUGGGCUACAUCUUCCAGCCGUUCUGCUUCAAAACGAUCCUCGAGCAAGAGGAGACAAACAACUAAUAAAUCAUGUACCAAAUCGUCAAUUACAUGUUAACAGUAUUUUAAAUUUUCUAAUGCAAAGGGCACA